GAAGCGGGAGGCGGAGCCGGAGCCGGGCUCGGGGAUGGCGCUGGAGGCGCUGCGGCUGCGGGCCGUGCGCUGGGCGCUGCUGGCCGCCUUCGCCGCCGGUGUGCUGGUGGGGUGGCAGGCGGGACGCGCCCGCCGCCGCUUCCUGCGCUGGCGCCAGCGCUGGCUCCAGCGCCGCCUCGCAGCCGCGCAGGAGCAGCUGGAGGCGGCCUGAGCCGCGCGGAACCCGCCCCGGAGCACGGCCCCG